AAAAAAAAAAAGCAAAACAAAUGGCUAAUCCCUCUGGUUUUCUCCUGGCCAUUUCCUUACUCCUCCUCGGCACCACAACUCUCAUCACCGCCGUGUCUUCCUCCGCUUCGAGCGGCUUGCAAGGCUUGACCUGGUUUCCGACGUCGACGACGAACGAGUCCGGCAGCAGCUGUCGGGGCGAGUGCAUGGCGAACAACAUGGAUGAUGAUGGGCUUGAGUUCAACAGGCGCGUAUUGCAAACGUCGAACACACAGUACAUAAGCUACGGGGCUCUUCAGAGGGACACCACACCGUGCUCUCUGAGGGGCGCGUCGUAUUAUAACUGCCAGCCGGGAGCGCAAGCCAACCCCUACGACCGAGGCUGCAGCGCCAUCGCUCGCUGCCGGGGUUAAAGGUUGUCCG